AUGUUGAAUUAAUUAAGAAAAGCAUAAUUUAGUACCAUCACAUAAUAUCAAGUCAGAGGUGUAUUUAAACAGUAAUUGAAAGAAGGUGAAACUUAUAAUAACUUUAAAGUCGAUGAAUUCUAUAGAUCAAGAGAUUUUUAGACAUUGUGUUAUAAAAUGCAUCACACAACUACUAAUACAAAUUAUAUUCAUUUUGCAACUAAUUCUAUUGUGAAUCAAGGAGCUUUGAUAUUUAAAACUCCAGCUAUCGAUAAUAGUGGAAUUCCACAUAUUGUAUAAUAAAUCUUAACAUGUGGUUCAUAAAGAUAUCCAGUCAGAGAUGCAUGGUCUCAUAUGAGAGGACGCUCUCUACAACCUCCAGAUUUAGUGCCUUAUGUUAGCACAGAUCAUACGGUGUUUUAGGUUUAAUCUGCUUUAUUUGAAGACUUGAAACAACUUUUCAAUCUCACUUUUGAAUAAGUUUUCAGACCUAUGUUCAGGGAAGUUGAUUUCCUCUAGCAAAUUAGAGUUCAAGUACUUGGAGGGAAUGAACUCAUACUCAGAGGCAUAGUUUACGAUUAAAUGAUAAAACAAUUAGAAUAACCAGAUUUUAUUCAUGCAGAGGCAGUUCGCAAGCAUCUUCUAGAAGGAACUGCUUAUCAGUACACUACAGGGGGAAUUCCAAAAGAGAUGACUAAUGCGAGUUAUGAAAGAUGUUAGCAAUAUUAUAAGGAUUACAUUCACUUGUCUAAUGCUUACCUUGUGACUGUAGGAGACAUAGAUGUUUUAUAAUAUUGUUAAUAUUUUAAUGAUUUAAUUGAAUAACAUUAAAAUACCAUCAAACCGAUUAAGUAAUUGGAUUACCAACCUGCUAAAUUGUUUGAACCUAGAUUAUCAUUGAAAGGAUAGCCUUCAUUUUCAUUUGCUUAUAGAGGUGCUAAUCUAACUGAAACACCUGAAGAUUAUUUCAAGUUAGGAAUUCUAUCAUUUUUGUUGCAUGAUAUUUAGGAUUAUGGAUUAAGACCCAUUCUUGAGAAGUAUGGAUAGUAUUGUCUCAAUUUCGGAGCAGAUAUGACUUUACACAAUUAAAUUAUAUAAUUCGGAUUUAAUAACAAGGAAUGCGAACAAGAAUUGUAUACAUUUAUGAAAUAAAUAACUGAUAAUAUCUAUCAGGUAAUACCUUAAAAUAUUAUCAAUAUUGCAUUGGAUAGAAUCAGAUUAAGAAGAUCAAUUAAUGUAUCCGAUAUAAUUCCAUAUAUUAUAAAUAAUGUCAAACCAUCAAUAUACUUAAACUAGGAAUGCAAAAGCGAAGAUUUCUAAUCUUUAAUCGAAAAGUAUUUUACUAAAGAUAAAUGCACUGUGAAUAUGGAGGCUGAUCAAUAUUAUAUCGAAGACAUGACUACAGAAAUUAAAUAGCAUUUGAAAUAAUUACAAGUGAACUAUCAAUAACUAUCUGAAUAAUAAAAAAUCAUAGAGGAAGACACAGAUGUUUUGAGUUUAGAAUCAUUACCUAAAUUAAAUGCUGCCAACAUCAUACCGUUGUUGAAAUAGAAGAAUUCAAUCAAAUUAGAUCUAAAUUUUAACAUUCCUUGUAGUAUUUUUGCAGCUAAACACCCUCAACAAAGCAACAUCAGAUGGAUCAUCGAUGUAAGUUAAUUUAGUCAAAAGGAUUAUGAAACCAUUUGCAUUUUAAAAGACAUAUUACCUGAGCUUUUCAAUAAAUAAGUAAGUUAACAUGAUUUAGAGUGUUCUGUGGUUGAAGAUAAAUUAAUUAUAGAAUUGAUCUGUUUGGAUAAGAAUAUUGAGGAAGCCUUUUAAUAAUUUCAAUUAGUAACUGAUCCAGGUUUGGAUAAUUUAGAAUUGAUAAGUUAAUCCUUGUCUAUCAUAAGUGCUAAUUAUUUAAGCAAUGAGGACAUCCCUUAGAUUGCUGUCUCAUAUUCCUAAUAAGAGAAAUACCCCAUCAUUUAAUAAGCAAGGAAAAUUUGUUAAUUAGAAGUUGAUAUCUUAAAAAAUUAUAGUGCAAAACAGAUAUUGGAACAAUUGAGUCAGCAAUUAAUUGCUUGUUUCUAUAAAAUAAUGAAUAAGAACAUCUAGUCUUUCGAAGUAUAUUCAAAUCCCCUUUUAAAAGAUAAAAUCAACUCUUAACUAAACUUACUAUUGACAAAUAUCAAGUUAUAAUUUGAUGAUUACUUGAUGAAUAAAAUAGACUUCGAGUAAAAGUAUGAAGUAGUUCCAUUCAAAUAGGAGUUUCAAUACUUAAAAUUAUAUGUUGCCUUAAACACUCACACAAACUGUGUUACUGAAACAAUCCAAAUUGCCCAUAAACCAGCUAAUUACAUUUUAUCUAAUCUCCUAACACAUAUAUUCAUUCCUUAAUAUUGUAACGAUUCACAAUUAGGAUACUGUCAAUAUAACACAGGGAAAUUGACAUUUUAUACUGUCAAUGAUAUUCAUACACUCAGAACCUACAGAAUAUUUGAAAAUGCAGUUCAUUUAUUACUAGAAUGUCUAGAUUAGGAUAAUUUGAAUUCAGCAAAAUUAGGUAGUUUUAGCAUUGAAGAUCCUGAGAAAAUGUAAUAGAUAUUGGCAGUUUCUGAAGAAGAUGUGAAGGAGCAAGCUCAAUAUGUGUUAAAGCAAAUGGCUGACGGUUAGACAUCAUAAGUGAUAUUUGGAAAACAAGUAUAAUAAUUAGAUGAAUAUGUGAAAAGAGGGUGGACCAUCGAAAGAUAUAUUAGUGAAGUUGCUGUUUGA